AUGGAUGAUAAAAAUGAAAAAGAGGGAAAAGAUAUUACGGAUGAGUAGGCAGGAAUAACAAAAUUAAUAAACGAUAUAAAAAUUAUGAUCUUUGAGAUCGUAAUAAGUUUACUCAAAGAAGAACCUAUUUUGUUAAUGGGGCGCUCUAUUCUGAUAGGGCUAGAAACUAUUCAAGUUGCUAGCUAUGUUUUCGAGCCUCAGUUGGUAAGUUUAUGGAAAAAUCCAGGCUUUAUAAAUGUCAUUCAAUAUAUAAUGAGAUACACAAGAAUUGUGCCUUUUUUAGAAAAUCUAACAUUCUCUGCCUUUUAAAUUGUCUUCUUCAUGACAAUCUUCUUUUUAGUUAUUGUUAUAUUUUUACUCAUUUAUAUGAUUCUAACAAUUCGUAAAAAGGCUUAGAUAUUUGGCUCAGUGAAUAGCUUUGUUAGAUACUUUUCAGAGUUUAUUUGCUCAAUUCUAUAUAUUCCGCUAUUAGAGCUAUUCCUAAUUGUUUUUAAGUGCUCCAGUCAAACUUAAACUACCUCUUCAGCAUCCUCAACUAAUUCCGCAAUAGUCACAACCACUGUAGUAAAUGGUGGAGCUUUAUAUAACAUAGUUUGGCCUGAUACUCAAUGUUACACAGGAAAUUAUAUUGCUUUUGUUUUACUUGGAAGUUUGUUUUCUUUGAUGAUACUCAUUUACACAACUAUUAUCACCCUAAUUUAUUUUGAAUGCAGACUUACAACAACUGAUUGUAAUUCAAAAUCAACUGCGAGAGGAGACUUACUAUUUCUACUAUUUAAGACUACUUUAGUUGUCUAAUUUACAUUCUUGACAUCUAACUCAUAUCAAGUUAUCAUGAUCUUCAUUUAUUCAAUUGUUUCUGCUUGGUACUUUAGCCACUUUAGCUUUAACUUAUUUUACAAUCAUUACUACGUUGCCAAAUUAGUGACGGCUAAAUCUGCUAUAUGUAUGUGGACAUCACUAAUGCUUAUUCUAGCAAAGCUGAUGGAAAACUAUGCAUUUGAUGGAACGCCUUUUAUUUGGAUUAUAGGAAUGCCUUUUAUUGUUUUAAUUGUAGUGAUCAGAUAAGAUUAAAAUUUCGAAUACAUUUUAAUAAAUAGCAACAACUAUGAAGUAUUAUCUUAGCCUAUGUGUCAGCUUGUUUAUUUAACUAAAUUGCUCAAUCUUUAUCACACUGACAAAAGUAUAGCGAUUCUUGUCGACGGUUUUCUAGAUUUUCACAGGUCAUUAACAAGUAAAGAAGAUUCACAUACAAAAAGGAGAGUUUUAAAAACAACAAAAUUCUCAAAGAUGCUUCGGGAAAGAGGUGAGUGCGAGCAAGUUAUUAUGGUAAUUGCCGUACUAUAAGGUAUGUAUUAUUAUGGUCUCUAAAAAUUCCCCAAUAAUACUAGGUUAAGAAUUCUUUAUGCUUUGUAUUUGUUAGAUAAAAUGCUUUCUAAGUAACAAGCUUUGCAAGAACUGUUAAAUGCUGAAAUAGAAAGGCCUGCAUUCGAUGAGUCCUUUAUCAUUUACAGAUACAAACAAAUUAUAGAAAAUUCAUUAAUGGAAAGGACAGGAAUGGAUGGUAAGAAAGGAGAUAACUUUGAAAUGGUUAAUGAACUUUCAGUUUAAAACCAUUUGAAAUAGUGUCGCUAAAAUGUAGAAAAAAGUGCAAAUUUGCAUAUGGAGUUUUGGUCAUAGCUUAGUGAAGAUUCACCUGAUUUAGGAAAAUUAAGUGAAAUUGGUUAUAAAAUUAACGUUGUCAACAAUUUAGCUUCAGAAUAAUGGAAUAAACUCUAGCAAACUGAUUCUAAUGUGCCUUCUAUGAUGAGACUCUAUGCCAAAUUUAUGAUAGAAAUUUUAAACGAUAAAGAAGGAGGAGAGUAAAUCUUACUGAGACUUGGAGAUAUGAAUUCAAGAAAUAGUAACAAAAAAGGAAGCGCUUUAAUAGAUUUAUCUUCUGAAAGUAAACCUACUAUUUUUAUUUCAGCUGAAGAUGACUCUUUUGGCAUCAUAACAAAUAUCAAUUUAGCUGCCUCUGGACAGUUAGGUUACAACAAAAUGGAAAUUUUGAAUCGUAAUGUGAAAGUUCUUAUGCCUCAAAUGUAUUCCAAAUAUCAUGAUAAUUUUUUAGAAACAUACUUAUCAACGCUUGAACCUAGAAUUUUAAACAAUGAGAGAUUGUUACCAGGGAAGAAUAAACUAGAUUACCUUGUCCCACUUUAAGCACUAGUGAGGCAUGUUCCUUCCUUGAUUCACGGCUUACAGUUUGUUGCUCAAUUUAAAAUAUAAAAAACUGUCAAUUUAUACACCUAUUUGUUGAUAGACACUGAAGGGAAAAUACAGAAUCUGACUUCUACCUGCAUCAGUAUUCUUUCAGUAGAUUAGAAAAGAGUUUUGAAGAAAAAAAUGAAUAUAGUAGAUGCUAUCCCUGAUUUCUGGGACAAACUCAAAGAAUAUUAAUCAAAAAAUGGUGGUCACGCAAUUGUUUGUGAUCUUAGAAAGAAAUCAAAAGAGUUCCCAGCUAAUGUUUAAGUUCAAGAAGUCUCAUUUAGACUAGUCGGCCACUAAGGCUUUUAUGUUAAAAUAGAAAAAUAAAGAUAGGUUAGUAAUAAGUCAAAUAUCGCAGAAACCCUUGCAGGGAAAGAUACUAAUAAUACUCUUGCUAAUACGAUGAGAACAGAUAGGAAAACACUUCUAAAACACUUUUAAGUAAAGUACGAUACCUUUAACAAAAAGUAUCUAGGAGAAUUAUGCGAAGGCCCUCCUGUUUACACUAACGAUGAUUUCGAUUAAUCUCAUAUUAUAAUUUCUCAUGAUAAUUCAGUUAUUGGAAUGAGCCAUAUUGAUAAAGUUGAAGAUCUGAGAACAGCAGAAGAAAAGCUUGAUGCAGAGGAGCUUUUGAAACCAAAGUAUGGCGCAGGAAUCAAGACAGUUAGGCUAAUAGAUGGUUAGUUAAAAGAUAUAGAAGAUCUUAAAAGAGAUGAUGGAGAAGAUGAUGAUAAUACUGAUGAUGAAGACAAUGGCUAGGGACUUGGGUAAAAAAACGCUGAAGAAGACGAAGCUGAAGAUACAAAAGAAUUAGGAAAUAUCUUUAAAAAGAGAUCUAAUUUCUUAUAAUUUACUUCAAGCAACUAAUUCCUCUAUUCAAAUUCCAUGAAAUAACUGCGUUUAAUAAGCUAUUUGUUCAUAAUUGUAUUAUGCAGCAUGUGUUUGCUCAAUCAUUUCCUUACAUCUAACUCCUUUGACGAAUGUAAUACUAGAUACAAUUUAUUAAAUUAAAAUAAUUUGAUGGCUGCAGAAGGACAGAGAAUUCUAAUGAAAAUAACUUAAAUGUGCUCAUUAAACCAAAAACUAAUAAUUGUAAACGAUCCCACUGAUUAUUUUACAUCGUUGCAAACAGAUUUAAGUGCAAGUUAUGAUUCUAUGUCUACUAUUUAAACUCAGCUAUCAUAGGUUACUUUAGAUUUAACUGCUUAGCACAAAAAUAUGUUGACAAAUAAUGUGAUAGCCAUUAAAAGUAAAAAUAGUGAUGGUUCCAUUCAAACAGAUAUGUACAAUUUCAAUGACGUUACUCGUUAGCUACUCUCAGUAGUAAAUACACUGCAGUCUGCUCCCAUCUCUAAAUUUAGCUUUUUAGAUGAAGACAUUUAUAAAAUUUAAUAUAAUUUCUUAAAUGACUACUACAUUGCUUAGACUUAAAUAUCAAACUACUUUGUCACAGAGCUUGACAACUGGGCAAAUAACAAGAGUAAUCUAUUCUUAGUUCUUCUCAUUUUAUCCAUCAUGCUCAUUCUAGUUUUGCUUUUAAUAAUUCUACCAUUCUACUUCUGGGUGACAAAAUCACAAAAAGAAGUAUUGACAAUAUUUUUAGAAAUCCCAACUCCUAAAGUUAAAAAGCUGUUUUAAAAAUGUGAAAAUUUUGUUAAUCAAAUGCAAUCUGGAAAUGAUGAAGAAAUGUUUAGCGAUACCUCUCUACAAAGUAAUCACGGAGAAGAAGAUGCCAUGUUCUUGAGAUCAAAGGGUAAAAAACGUAGAAAAUUCAAAAUAGAUUUAAAAAAUAGAAAUAAUUUCUUUAUUCCCUUUAUACUUUGUGUUCUUUUCUUUGAAGCAUAUUUCAUAGCAACAUACUUUGUAAGCACUUAACUGGCAAAUAGUGUUCAAUAAUUUGUUUAAGAAAUGAAUACAACAACCAUGUCUGAGAGAUAUUAUUCUUAUGCCUUAAAUGUUUAAGUAGAAUUAUUGAUCGAUCCUUUAUUCACUGCUAACUUAGGUACAUCUCAUGAUUAUUUAACAUAAGCUGUCAAUGGUAUGUAUAACUUAAAUUCGGAUGUUUAACGUGAGCACAGUAAUAACAUCAACGCAUUAGAUGCUUCUUAUGUUUCUUAGUACUAAAAUAUUAUGUUCACUAAUCAAACUUGCCAAAUACUAACUGACGCGCGUAUCGCUUCAACUCAGUCAUGUGAAAAUUUUGCAGAAGGUACUAUCAUGUAAGGCUUAAGUCUCUCAUUACCAAGAUAUAUAGAGAAUUUCAGAUAUGUAACAUCUUAAUAUGAAGAUAUCCUGAAAAAUACAACUGAUCAGACCAAAAUAUUAAAUUAUUUGAAUUAACAAAUUAAUGGAACUCACAUAUAAGAAAUGUAUGAUAUGCAAGAUUUAUAUGUGCGUGGUUUGUUUGAAAGUUUAGUUAAUGUAUUCCUAAGUAGCUUAUCAACGACUCUAAAUUCAUCAUAGGGCACAAGAGUAACACUGCUUAUAAUUGGACUUAUUGUUUAAGUUUUACUUUACCUUUUCUUCUGGUUACCUGUCUUAGCAGCUCUAAGCAGAGAAGUUGUACGUAUUCGUUCUAUGAUUACAAUGAUUCCUUUAGAAAUAUGCUAGCAAACUAGGCUUAUUAGAGAACUAAUUUAAAACUAUGCAAAUAUAAAUUCAAGCAUUUAAGAUUGA